UAUGCACCUACCUGCGUGCGGGCGUGGCGGCGAUCUUCGGUCCUCAGUCGGAACGCGCCUCCGCCCACGUCCAGAGUAUCUGCGACGCCCUCGAAAUCCCGCACAUUGAGACGCGUUGGGAUUACCGAGUGAGGCGAGAGCAUUACUCGAUAAAUCUGUAUCCUCACCCGUUCUCGCUGAGUAGAGCUUACUUCGAUCUCGUCCGGGAGUUCGAGUGGACGUCCUUCACGAUUCUUUACGAGGACAAUGACGGCUUGGUUCGCCUCCAGGAGCUCUUCAAGGUGCCGCCCAAGAAGUACAAGAUUACCUUAUUACAGCUGCCUGAUCAUAAGGAUUACAGACAACCGUCCUCUAGCGCGAACUUGUAUACUCGCAAAAGCCCCAUUCGAUGUCCUCAGAAUAAUUCAUAUCAUGACUUGCACUUGGUCGACCUCCAAGACUUCAAGUACAGCGGCACGAACAUCACGGCCGUCCGCCUGGUCGAUCCCGAGCGAGGGGAAGCCAGGAAGUUCAUGUACGAAUGGCGUAUGAAGACCGAGGCCAUGCUGAUGUACGACGCAGUGAAGCUGUUCGUGAUGGCGAUUCAGGCGCUGGACAACUCGACGUACGUGCAGAUUUCGUCACUCAAGUGCGAGCUGGAGGGCGGCUGGAUUCAUGGCAACUCGCUCAUCAACUACAUGAAGAUGGUCGGCACGUGGACCCCCAAGGGCGGAACCAACUACACGCGGACGUACCAGAUCGACCAAGAAAACCAGAUGGAGGGUUUGCAGAACAAGACGCUCCGGGUUUGCGUGGCUCUCAACGACCCGUAUAUCAUGCUGAAGGAGAGUUCGGAGCGGCUGAGUGGCAACGACCGCUUCGAGGGCUUCUGCAUCGACCUCCUCAACGAAAUCGCCGAGAUCCUCAAGUUCAACUUCGUCCUCAUCCCGAUCAAGGCCUACGGCUCCAGGAACGCCACGACGGGAGAGUGGAACGGCAUGAUCAAGGAGCUGCUCGAAGAUCGCGGCGAUAUGGCCGUCACGGACCUCACCAUCAACUUCGAGCGCGAGGAUGCUGUGGACUUCACGAUGCCGUUCAUGAACCUCGGGAUUUCUAUUUUGUACAAGAAACCCCAGAAGAUGGCGCCUUCCCUCUUCUCCUUCCUGUCGCCUCUGUCAAUCGAAGUUUGGAUUUACAUGAUAACAGCCUAUGUGGGCGUGUCCAUCGUUAUGUAUAUUCUUGCCAGGUUCUCGCCGUACGAGUGGCAGAACCCCCACCCGUGCGACCCCGACCCCGACACGCUGGAGAACCAGUUCACCAUCCUGAACUGCCUGUGGUUCGCCAUCGGCUCCCUUAUGCAGCAAGGCUGUGACUUCCUUCCGCAAGCUGUCUCGACCCGCAUGGUGGCCGGCAUGUGGUGGUUCUUCACUCUGAUCAUGAUUUCGUCCUACACCGCUAACCUCGCCGCCUUCCUCACCGUCGAGCGCAUGGAAUCCCCGAUCGAGUCAGCGGAGGACCUCGCUAAGCAGACCAAGAUCAAGUACGGCCUGAAGGAAGGAGGAACCACUUCGGUCUUCUUCAGAGACUCAAAGAUCCCGACCUACAAGCACAUGUGGGACACCAUGAAUAAGUACAAGGAGAUGGGUGAGAACGUCUUCACGGGCUCUAACAAGGAAGGAGCCACUCGGGUGUCGAAAAGCAACGGCCUCUACGCUUUCUUCAUGGAAUCGACAACCAUUGAGUAUGUGAUCGAACGUGAAUGCGAUUUGACUCAAGUUGGAGGGCUUCUGGAUUCGAAAAGUUACGGCAUUGCUCUUCAGCCAGGUGGGUUUACAAUGGAAGAAGCGGGCGGCAGCAGUAUGGCGAGUGAACUCAACUUACCGAACGUGGGCGGUGUUUUCGUCGUCCUCAUCGGCGGAAUGGGCUUGGCGCUGGUCGUGGCUCUCGGCGAGUUCGUCCUCUACUGCUGGGAGAUCUCCAGGGAGGACGAGAAAUCAUUAAUAUCAGUCCUGAGUGAGGAGUUAUGCUUCGUCUUCCAAUGCAAGGGGUCGACGAAGCCCGUGAGGAAGAAAGCGGAAUCGGAGACGGCCGCCGUGGACAACAUGUACGGGUCUGAUGUGUACAACUGCAGCGGCAGAAAUCCACUUACCUGAUUACCGGAAGUGGCGUCAGCCUAUGACGUCACAGUCGACCAUCACCCCGACCAAUGGCCGAUUCCUAGCUACGAGCCCCCACCCCCCUCACCCACCUGAAUGCAUCGACGGUCAACCAGAACACAUCCACGCUCAGCCAGACCUCAUCCACUGUCGCCAGCCAGGAUUGCUCCUCCUCGCCCUCCUUCGCGCCGGACCGAAAGCCUUCACACUCGACACACCCGAGCGAGGACCCGCCGAGGCCGCGGCGAGGGGCAGCGGAAGAGCUGGUAGCGGCGGGAAUUCCGGAGCCUGGCUGGUGCGUCGGCGGCUGGACUCGGCUUGCUUGCUGCGAGGAGCUGCGGACUUUGGGGUGUGAAUUGUACUUCAUAGAUCUGUGUAUAUUAUGCAUAAAUACAUACACACGUAGAUGCACAUGUAUGUAGUAUAUGCAUAUACAAUUUUUACUUUUAUUGUAUAAACUUCUAGGUCUUUCCCCUCGAACUUUUGGAAGAGUUCGGGGACUUUAACUGGAUCUGAGGCCUUUAAGUUCCAUUUUAUAUAUACACACUUUUUAACUCUACUCAUAUAGAUAAGUUAUGAAAUAAUCUACCAGACAUGUUACCAGGUUUGUUUGAUGUUACUGAAGUGUCGGUACAGAAGUUCAUACACUGUUUGGGAGAUAAGUGUAAGGCGUUUGUCUACAGUAUCUUGUUUUUUAAUAUAUUUGAAAUCACGAUCAGUAUUUUACACAUAGGACUAUUUCGCGUAUGUUGUGGCGAAAGCUGUUGUAUAUGGCAAGUCAUAUAUCGCGGGCACGUUUGAGAAGUUGUAGUACCUUUACAACUAUAUAUUCUCUUGAAAGUGUCCCGCAACAUCGGAUCUCGGGUUUUGGUGAACUCGUAAUGAAUCCGUACAUAUCAGAACUCGUUUAAAAGUUGUUUUGAAGAAGAAAACGUGCAUUAUAUCGUGAUGAGCUAUAUUUCCAAUGCCCGUUAUUGUAUGGUAACAUUUCCUUUUUCUGUGUUUUUUGGAGGCAUGAGCUUCAGAAUUUACGCGAGGGAAAUGGUAAUUGCGUUUCCUACCAUAUCCAGUAGCUAGCCCGAAUUGCACUCACGAACAGAACUUGCAUAUACGGACACUGUUUUUUUCUUCUUCUUUUUUUUUUAUAACUUCCGUGUGUAAUUACAUUCAACACAUUUAUGAAACUAGAUGUGUGCACAUGCUCUGAGUAUGUAACUAUUGGUUUAAGUACAACAUAGACUGGACAGUUAUAUUCAUACCGAUUUGCUAUGCCCUUUUCGAUGUUAUCGGUAUUAGUAAAAAAUAAUAAUAAUAGUAAUGGAAAUAGAAUAAGAUAAAAUAAAAUAAAGGAUAAUUUUUCUUUUAUCAAAAUAUACAUCAUAACAAAGGUUUCUCAGAAAGGAUGGAGACAUUUUCUCUGUAAAAUGAUAUAUGGUAGAAGCCAUUACACAUUAUCUGGUUGAGCUUCUCGUGACUUUCUUAAGAGUACUUGGAAAGAGAGAAAAAAAUGAAUAAUGUUAAAUAUGUUUUCAUGAAUGUAUUCUUUUGGAAUCAAAGGCCAUUUUUAUCUUUGACAUUGCGGAAUCUCAAUUUUGUGUGCGCGAUAGGUUAUGUGGCAAUGUGUUGAUAUUAGUGACACUAAUUUUGUUCAUUUCCUCCCAUACCUCGCCAUUGACUUGUUAUUCAUUUCUUACUGUUCAUCACAAUCAUCAGAUUCAUUUCAUGAUAGGUGUCAACUUGAUGAAAACUGCUUCAUUUCAUUUCCAAGGCCUUCCCUGCAGUUUGGAAUCUACUGUUGAAAGGUAUUUUUUUUCCACACGUGUUAGGCUUGGUGACACCUGUGGGUUAUGCCCCUAUGAUGCUGUAAAUGAUCACUACUUGUUUAUGGUGUUCACUAUCCAUUGCUGUAUGUUGUACAUUGCUUUGAACGUUGGUGUUGUCUAGAGUGAUAAUAACGAUAUUCUCUUCUUUCCUUUUUCUUAUUCUUUGAGAGUCUUCCCCCCCCCAUAUGCAGUGGCUAAUAACCCCCUUCUUUCCUGGCCAUUUAUUACUUGAGUGCUACAAGUGGAGAUACAUAAGUUUAUCCAUAUCAGCUGUUCCUGUAUUUUCGUAUGGUAGGCACACAGCCAGCGCCAAGGCUACUCUUGGAGCUUCAGAAGGAAGUUUGGUCCAAGGAAGGAUGGAGGAGCUCAUUUGUCUUAUUUCGUUUAGUCCAUUACAUCAAAAAUCUUGAAACAGGCUCUUGAGACAACUGAAGAACAGUGUCUGUGUCUGGGUUCAGGUGGCGAAGUACCUGGUAUUCGUAUUAAGAUUGCUUAAUAAAAGGAAACCAGAAAGCUUCCUUUUAAAGGAAAUUUGGAGGAAGCCUUUGUUCUAUCUUCAACUGAGAAAGUAACUUAAAGUAGAGCAACUUAAACUCUUCUUGAAAAUGGAUUAACAUCUAAAUCUGCAAUUUUGACCUCAAAUAAUUCCACGUAAUAUGAAACUGAUGUUUUCAAUGCAUUAAGUAUCUUCUUUCUCUUUCUUACCUUCUCACAACCAUGAACUGCACGCUCCUAUCCUGAUUUUGUCUUUCUUUCUACUUGAUGGUGAAAGAAACUUGUCUCUAAAUGGCUUGAAAUCAUUAUUGUAAGUGUUUUUACCCGUCUGGAUUGUUUUUUUCUUCAGCCCUGUGUAAGUAUUUCACGAAAAAUAAAGUUCUUAAAC